ACAGACAGCAGCCAUAAAAACUUGGGUUUUUUCGAUUUGGUCAAAGCACUCAGUUUUCAUUUGCAAUGAAUCGUUGGCAAAACAAAUUGGCUGUAGUUACUGGUUCAAGUAGCGGAAUAGGAGCAGCCUGCACUAGAGCAUUAGUUGCAGCAGGAUUGCGUGUAGUUGGCCUUGCAAGAAGAGAGGCUAAACUGAAAGAAGUUAAGCAAAAUUUACCAAAGGAACAACAAUCUCGAUUUAUACCACAUCGUUGUGAUGUUUCUAAGGAAAAUGAAGUAGUUUCAACUUUUGAAUGGAUUAAAAAAAAUGUUGGUACACCUAGUGUCUUAUUGAAUAAUGCGGGAAUCACGCGUGAAACACAAUUAGUAGCUCUAGGAAAUACUGAGAAAAUCCGAGAGGUGAUUGAUACAAACGUCAUGGGUGUGUUGUGGUGUACGCGGGAAGCAUUUCAUCAAAUGCACAAAUCUGGUGACGAAGGACAUAUUUUAAUAAUAAAUAGUAUUGCUGGACAACAAGUUCUCAAUUUUAUUGAUGUAUUGCCUUCAUUCAAUAUAUAUCCAGCUACCAAAUUUGCUAUUACCGCCAUGACUGAAACUUAUAGACAAGAAUUUCAAUUAUAUAAAAGCAAAGUACGCAUAACGGGAAUAUGUCCUGGUGCUGUAAAUACAAAUAUUUUUCCACAAGAAAUACAAUUUUUUGUUAAGGAUAUGGCACGGUUGGAACCGGAAAAUAUAGCGGAUGCUGUUUUGUAUGCAUUACGUUCUCCAGCAAAUGUACAGAUACAUGAAAUAACUCUUAAGCCAAUGGGAGAAAUGUUUUAGAUAGAGUUUCCUAAACAUAGUUAUAUACAUAUGAGUACAUAAAAAAUUCAUGUACGCAAUUUUGAAUGGAAAGUAUAUCUUAAACCAAAAGAAUUUAGACCAAAAGAAUAUGUAUGCGAAAUAGAAUAAAAAAUAAAAAUUUAUUUAUUCGGAUACA